ACAUUGUCGACUUCCUGUAGCUGGAGCCACUAGCUGAGUUCCUCAUUCAGGGCUCGGUGGAGCUUGGCACCGGGGUGGUGGUGACAGCGCUGAGGGGCCCCUCGGUGCCCCUAUUAUGGCAUCUGCUCCCAUGAUCGUCUUCCUUGAGACCACCUACUCCAAACCCUCCAUCUCCCUGCACCCCAGCAGGGAGGUGACCCCGGGGGAAGCCGUGACCGUCCGGUGUCAGGCUCAAUACCAGAACAUGAGGUUCCUUCUGUACAAAGAUGGAAACCCGACUGCAGUGCAAGAGGUGGAGCCGGCUGGGAACAUGGCUGAGUUUCCCAUUCGCAAUGUGAGCCGCAGAGACGCAGGGAGCUACCGCUGCCGAUAUAGCAACAAAACGGACCCGCCUGCCUCUUCGCAUCCCAGUGACCCUGUGGAGCUGGUGGUAGCAGGGAGAACUGACCCAACUCCGCUGGGAAUGAUGACAGCUUCCACCCAACCAAGCAGCGCGGGGCCAGGUCCUGUAACCUAUAGGAUUAGCCUGCUUGCUUGCAUAUAUGUAUCUUUUCUUAUAGUUUAAGUACUAUAUAUACUCGUUCAUAAGCCG